GGGAGGGGUGCUGUAUGACUUCCGGUUUAGGCUGAAAUUGACACACAAUGAGGAGCAGGGAAUAACCUCGCGAAACGCCGCUGUAAAUAAAUAACGUUAGAAGAAUCACUGAAGCCACAGAAUCAUGGAGAAUCAGUGCACAGUCCAGGUGAAGCUGGAGCUAGGACAUCGAGCCCAGCUAAGGAAGAAAGUAACCUCGGAGGGCUUCACCCAUGACUGGAUGGUGUUUGUGCGAGGGCCUGAGACGGGAGACAUACAACACUUUGUGGAGAAAGUCGUCUUCAGGCUGCACGAGAGCUUCCCCAAACCCAAGAGAGUAUGCAAGGAGCCACCAUAUAAAGUGGAGGAGUCGGGCUAUGCAGGGUUCCUCAUGCCCAUCGAGGUCUACUUCAAGAACAAGGAGGAGCCCAAGAAGGUGUGCUUCAACUAUGACCUCUUCCUGAACCUGGAGGGGAACCCCCCUGUCAAUCACCUGCGCUGUGAGAAGCUCACCUUUAACAACCCCACCCGGGAGUUCAGACGCAAGCUGGUCAAGGCUGGAGGGGUCAUGGUGGUGCCAGAAGGGGCAGAGGCGGUGUCGAGGCCCAGUCCAGACUACCCCAUGCUCCCCACCAUCCCACUGUCUGCCUUCUCAGACCCCAAGAAGACAAAGACCUCCCAUGGAUCAAAGGAGCCCAGUAAAGAGGGCAGUGGAGGUAGCAAUAAAGGGCCCAAGCCCCACAAGCUGACCAAGGAGCACCGCGAACGCCCCCGUAAAGACUCUGAGAGCAAGGCGGGGUCCAAGGGUGACAGCGACCGCGACGGCGGAGGAGGGGGCAGCAGCAAGAGCGCCCGCGAGCCCUCCUCGUCCAAGAAGCCAGCAGAGAUCAAAGUCAAAGAUGAGGGCAAGGUCCUUCCCAAGGCCGCCUUCAAAGAGCCCAAACUCACCCUGAAGGAGGCCAAGAUGGAGGGCAUGUCCCCCAAAGGAGGGGGGGGAGGGGGUGGUGGGGGAGGAGGAGGGGGCCCGCUGGAGUCCAAAGGCCCCGGGAAGCGGCCCUCCACUGUGGAGUCUCCCAAACCCAGUGCCAAGAAGCAGAAGAAGAGCAGCUCAGAGGGAUCUAAAGGGGCAGCUGCAGGGCCCUUCACCGGAGCCUCUCCCCGGGUCUCCUCAUCGUCUGCAGCCGCCCCUGGCUACCCAGAGAAGAAACCCCCCAAGGAGAAGGGUCGUUGGCCCAAGGGCAGCAAGGCCGACACCCAGGAGGUCAAGGAGCCCAAGAAGCUGCCUGAGUCUGACGACUCCAACUCUGAGGAUGAAGCCUCAUCCAAAUCAGAGCAGUCAGCCCCCUCCAGUCCCUCUAACUCAAGCUCCAGUUCUGAUUCCAGCUCAGAAUCUGACUUUGAGCCUGGACAGAAACAAGGCCAAGGCCCACUGCGCUCUAUGGUGGAGGACCUACAGUCAGAGGAGUCAGAUGACGACAGCAGCUCUGAGGAAGGGACGCCUGUCAAGACCAACCCGCCCAACCGUGACUCACGACUGAGCCUGGACAGUGAGAGUGACAGCAGUGACGGCUCGCACCGCCCCAGUCGAGACCCGGUGCCACCUCCACAGAAACACAGCUCCUCCAAUAACAAGGUCUUGGGUAGGAAGAGCCCAGACAUCUGCAGCCGCCCAGAGAAGGUGCUGAAGAAAGGAUACGAGAAGGUAGGAAGGGCCUACACAGAGGAGCUGGUGGAUCUCCACCGCAGACUGAUGGCUCUGAGGGAGCGCAACGUCCUACAGCAGAUAGUGAAUCUUAUCGAGGAGACGGGGCACUUCAACGUGACCAACACCACCUUUGACUUUGACCUGUUCUCUCUGGACGAGACGACCGUCCGCAAACUACAGAGCUACCUGGAGGACACAGCAACGUGACAGCAAGCCCGUAGCGCAGUCCCUGGACCCCCACUGGGGGGGAGUAGUAACAGAAGCUACAGCCACACACCAGACAGAGCUAAACCACAGAACAACAACAGAACACACACUUUCACUUGUCGCUGGAGAAGAACAGAGGAACAGGGUGAGGGGAGGAGAGAGGUCAGAGUAAGAGAGAGCAGCUAUGCCACUGUCCCUCUAACCUGGACUGGAGUGGAGGACAGGACUAGGAGCUGGCCUGUCUGGACUGGAUCUGGCAGGAGACGUAUUAUAUAUGUUUCUUGUGGAGAACAGCACAGCAGCCUGUGUGCAGAACUGUGGAAUGCGACCACUCUACUCUCCCUGCCCUCCCCCCUCACUUCUAGCCUUUGCAAACCCAAUACUUCCCCCCUCUAUCUCCUCCCUCCCCACUCACACUCCCUUAGUCGACACAACACCCCUCCCCCUCCUCUCAGCUGGAGUUCAUUUCUCUGUAGGAAUUUUCCGCUCUAGGUGAGUGGGUGUGUGUCUGGGUGUGUGUCUGGGUGUGUGUCUGGGUGUGUGUCUGGGUGUGUGUGUCUGGGUGGG